CAUCGAUCGAGAGCUGUGCAUCUCGUCGCUGCAAUUUCUUCUUCUUACAAACACAAACUCAAUGCCAGGCUCAAAACGACGUGCACUCAAGAAACUCCUCUCCCCCAACCAUUCCCCCUUCACACCCGACUCUCCUUCUGCCGACACCACACCUAGUUCUGCCCUCUCCCCUCAACCCCAGUUACCCCCCGCCAUCGACGAUGGUGCCGCAGCUCAAGCUGCUGCGGCCGGGAUAAGCCCACAGGAGCUACAAGAUAAUGCUGUUUUGGAGGACAUGCACGAGAGAGAGAAGGAAAUUGGGCAUGCAAGUUCGCCUGCCGGGCUGCGAGGGGUCAUUUCGCCUUCCCCAUCGUCCGUCUCAGCGCAAGGGCAGGAAACGAAGAGUGGAGGGAUGUAUGCUAACGCUAAUGGUGGUGGGGGUGGCGGCAAGAAGAAAAAGUCUAGUCGACAAAGAUUCGAAGAGCGCCAAGCCCGUAAACAGGAAGCACUCCUCGAAUCUGCCCCUCCUGCCGACCCCGAAUGGACCGCCCAGCUCGAAAAAGAGCGCCAAGAAGAAAUCAAAGUCAUCUCCGACGCAUGUAUUGCCCUCAACUGCGAACUAUUCGAGAUCGCCCCGGAUGGACACUGUAUGUACGCUGCUAUCGGGGACCAACUUGGAUUACUCGGUAUUGUCCCCGUGGAGGAAGCUACCGACCCCCGGGCGAUCCGGAGAAUGGCUGCGGACUAUAUGCUCUCCCACCCUGAUGAUUUUAUGCCGUUCCUCCCUUCCAUCGCGGGGGAAGACACGCCCGAUGCGACUUCGGACGGGAUGAUCACACACUCUGGGUUUGCACAGUACUGUAAAGCUGUGGCGGAGACGGGCGAGUGGGGAGGCGAACCGGAGAUUCAGGCGUUGAGUAGGGCGUAUGGGGUACCGAUCCACGUGAUUCAGAGAGGACCUCCAACGGUGGUUUCGCAUGGUGGAAAGGAUGAUUCAUUUGGAGGUGGUUUGACGGCGGAGGAGAGUGGCAGGCAAGGGAAGAGGGUGGUGAGGAUUAGUUAUCAUAAGAGGAUGUACGGGUUGGGCGAGCAUUAUAACAGCCUCAGGCCUGUCGUUUGAAAGCGUCAAAAUGCAAACGCCAAACAACAGUCUUUGAAGCGGAAGCAGACAAACUGACGAAACCGAGUAGCACAGAGUCCGAGCGUCUAAUUCAAAAUACAUGAGAAUUAGCCAAAGAUAAAUUAGAAUAAGAAUACAUGUGGGGCGAGAUAAGAUGGUAUGCAUUGGUUUUUCUGUAUGUGCUUUU